AUGGCCCAACAAGACGCAAUAGAACGGAUAGACUCCGGCUGUCACGAUAGUACAGACGGAGUCGCUGGGAAUAAAAACGAGGAAAUGAUCAAAGCAGGAACAUUACCAUUUUUGGUCGAAAACCUCACGCGACACGACAAACUCGACGCUGCCUUCAAUCGAACGUUCCUUGCCACCUACACCUACUUCACCUCAGGGUCCGAGCUUCUCGACCAUCUCGUCGAUCGAUUUGAUAAUACCCCUCCUCCCUCAACGAUUCAAACCGAAAUCGAACAAUGGUCAAUACACACAAUACCUCUCAUUCGAUUACGCGUUGUCAACAUCUUGAGACAAUGGCUCGAGCACUUCUGGAGCGAGCCGAAAGGUCCCGAAACAGAUGAGCUUCUACACAAAAUGCGAUUGUUCGUAGAGCGCGUCAAUUCAUCAGCCGAAACCCCAACUCAACAGCUUGACCUCAUCAUCCAACGUCGAAUAUCCGGUCAACCGUAUACCAAAAGAUCACAUCCCUCAAUCUCCAAUCCGCCAAAACCUAUUCUCCCACGCAAAUUGGAUAAACUCCAAUUCAUAAAAAUUGACGCGAAGGAAAUCGCGCGACAAUUAACGAUAAUGGAAGCGCAAACAUUCAACAAGAUCCAGCGCCAGGAAUUCCUCCACAAAAACUGGCAAAAGAAAACCACACCACUAGUCGCACCGAACGUGCGGUGGCUAAUUCGACAUUCAAACCAACUCUCAAAUUGGGUUUGCGGGACCGUGCUCGCAGAGUCGGAUCUGAAAAAGCGCGCUCAAGUGGUAGAUCAUCUAGUCAAUAUUGCCACAACAUGUCAUCAACUUCAAAAUUACUCUGCUGUGAUAUCUAUUCUGUCGGGGCUAGAAAGCGCUCCUAUUUACCGACUUGCUCGCACAUGGGCUAUGGUUACAGAACGUAGUUGCAACCUGCUCAGACCAUUACAGGCGAUGAUUGUCAGUUCGCAGAAUUACCAGGCAUAUCGUGAGACAUUGCGGGUUGCUGUACCACCGUGCAUACCAUUUCUUGGGCUUUUCUUGAAAGACUUGACGUUCAUCGAAGACGGCAAUCCAGCUUUGACACCAGAGGGGAUGAUCAAUUUUCACAAAUAUGCAAUGCUAGCGACUACCGUGCAAGAUGUUCAGCGAUGGAAAGAAGCCCCAUAUUGUUUGCAACCUGUACCGGAGUUGCAAGAGUACUUUACCAAGCAACUACAUUCGGCUGUUGAGCUACAUGAGAUGUGGGAUAAGAGUUGUGAAUUGGAGCCAAAAGGUCGUGGGCUUGGCAACAGACCGAGGGAUCUGUACACUCCCACCGGAGGGAUGUCGGCUUCUAUGGUGGUUGCUUGCAUGGUUUUGGAUGACUGA